UUUUUUAGAAAAAUUUUCGGGAAAUAUUCUUUCUUUUUUGCUUCUUUUUCAUCAUUUUUUUGUUGAAAAAUUAUUUUUAUUACAAAAUGGCGUCAUUCUUUUUUACUUUUUAUCGGCGAUCUGACUCCUAGUUUAAUUUAUGUCUAAAAUAUCUAUUUAUUUUAUGUCCGGUUAAUUUUUACUAGUUAGUAAGUUGAGAAGCGAGACACGUAGUCAAGAAAGAUAAUUUAAAAUUUAAAUAUUAUUUUUGAUUCGAUAAUUAAUCAUUUGUUUUAAAAAAAAAAUUCUGAAAAAAUCGUUUUAAAAAUUGAAAAAUCAAACUUAUAGAAAAAAAAAAACCUCCGCCCGGAAACUAUGAUCUUCAUAAAGCGAAAAAAGAUAAUAUAUGUCGGCAUUUUCAUAGGAAUUCUCUGGGUCCUAAUCACGUACGUCCUGUCCGGCGGCUCUAAUCCGGCGGGGAAUACCGACAGCGGUGAAUACUACGACGAUGAAGAUGACGAGCAGAAAUCUGGCCACAAUCACAAUGACAACAAUCAGCGUCCCCACAAUAAUAAGAAUAAUAAAAAUGUGAAUAACAGAAAUAAUAAUAUGAUUAAUAUGGGUAGAAAUAGGAAUAAUAAUAAUAUGAACCAUGGUGAUUUAGAAGUUGUUGAAUUUCAGAGCUACACAACCAUGGGACAGGUGAUCCUUAAUCGAAGGUACCAGCCGACAUUUCCUGUCCGGAGGUCUGGGAUAACUUGGAUGAAUCAGGAUCUACUGGAUCGGGAAAUUGCCAAAUCGACUGGCAAGAUGGCGGUCGAUGAUGAUGGUGAUGGUGUAAGGGAGAGGAGGAGGAAAAAUAAUAGAGUGAAGAAAUAUAGGACUAAGAGACCCAAAGAUUCAAAUAAUGAAGAUGUGCCGGUUAUGUUCAACCCGAUUAAGAAUGAUAAAAAACCAAGAAAGAAAAAGAAGUCGAAGGCUAUAAGAUACGGUGACGAUGGAAAACCCCACGAAAUUCCCCUGAACUCUAUGAAUAGUUCAAUGGUGGAGCUACACAGGGAGAUGUACAAGCUGUACGGCCACAACGUCAUCGUCAGCAACCAAGUGGCCGUGGAUCGGACUCUGCCGGAUUUCCGUAGCGACGAGUGCAAGAGUAUAAAUUAUGAUAAUAUGCGACUCGGGAAGGCCAGCGUGAUCGUCGCCUUCCACAACGAAGCCUGGUCAACUCUCCUGCGGACAAUUAACAGUGUUUUGGAUAGAUCUCCAAAGCAUUUGAUCCAAGAAAUAAUUCUGGUUGAUGACGGUUCAACUGCGGAGCAUCUGAAGGAGAAACUCGCGGACUACGUGAAACAGCGCUCUGAAACACUGCGUCUCCUGAGAACCGGAAAUCAAUUCGGGGUUGUGCAGGCCCGCCAGCUUGGGGCUGACUCUGCAAAAGGGGAUGUGCUCGUCUUUCUGGACUCUCAUUGCGAAGUUACGCAGGGAUGGCUGGAACCGAUGCUGGCUCGGAUAAUGGAAACCGAAACGGUAGUAGUGACAGCUGUGAUGGACAUCAUUGACGACGAAACCCUGGCCUACAAGCCGUUCAAUUACGAUUCGAUUAAUAUUGGAGCUUUCACUUGGGCACUUCAUUUUGUCUGGAUUGGAGUGCCCGCUAGGGUGAAAAACUAUCUCACGUCUGUCACUCAACCGAUUAGUUCCCCGACGAUGUCUGGUGGUUUGUUUGCGAUCAGUAAGAAUUUUUUUAUGAAACUCGGCGGCUUCGAUACUGGCAUGGACAUGUGGGGCGGUGAGAACUUCGAAAUGUCCUUCAAGAUUUGGAUGUGUGGCGGCCGGCUAGAGGCACAUCCCUGCUCUCACGUCGGCCACAUCUUCAAGAAGGGCGUGGCCUACAAGUUCAAGAGGAGCAAAAACGAGAAGAAAAAUUUCCAAAGAGUUGCCGAAGUCUGGAUGGACGAUUAUAAGGAUAUGUACUACAAGAAAACCAAAUCGACCAGAGACGACAUAGGAGAUAUAUCAGUGAGAGUAUCGCUGAGGCAGAGACUGCAGUGCAAAUCGUUUGACUGGUAUCUAAGCAACGUGUAUCCUGAGAUGUUCGAUGUAUCCAAAUCCAUUGUAUCUGGAGAGGUGAAAGCUUUCGGUGACGGCGUCUUCUUCACUUCCUGCAUAGACAGUGUAUCCAGCAAAGAUAAAUUAUUAUCCGUCUGGCCGUGCCAUGGACAAGGCGGAAACCAGUUCUGGAUGUAUAGCAAUCUUGGGGAGAUCAGGAACGACGAUGAGUGUUUCGACUAUGCUGGAACCCAGGUCGUAUUGUAUCCGUGUCACGGAAACAAGGGAAACCAGGAAUGGGUCUUUGACAAGAAUGACGGCCAAAUACUGCACAAGGGAACGAGAUUGUGCCUUAGCCUGUCAGACGACAAAACGAAACUGACAAUGGAACAAUGUAAGGGCCUCACUAGGCAGUCCUGGGUCUGGGGACCACGCGGCAGGCCCUCCCCUCCAACGGUACCCCCCUCAGAUGGGGAUGGAAAUAGGCAGGCCCUGGUCGAUAUUAACUCAAUGAAUAAUGCUGAAUAUUAUGAAGAGGAGGAAGAGGGGCAAGAAGAUGGCGAAAAUAAUAAUAAAAAUAAUAAUAAAAGUAAAAACGACAACAACAAUAAUAAGAGUAGUAACAACAACAACAACAAGAAUAAUAACAAUAAUAAUAAUAAAAAUAAUAAUAAAAAUACAGAGGAAGACGAAGAAGAGUAUUAUGAUGAAGAGGAGAAGAAGCAGUGAUUAUCAUCAGGUCAUCAUCAUCAUCAACCACGUACAUCCAUCUUCAUCAUCGCUGACGGCCAAAACCUUUACAAUCACUCACACGUCACCAUCAUCUACGUCAUCGUCUUUACAAUUUAUAUGCGCGUUUCUGAAGCAAAAAAGAUUCUAAAAUACACCAUAUGCGUUCGUCUUUCAAAAUCUCAUUUCAGGCUGAAACUUUAUAUUAAGUUCUAAAUAUAAACUGCACGCAUUCAUUCAUUCAUUCACUCACUCGCCAAUUCAUUCACCCAUCCAUUCAUCCCUUCAUUUUUCGUCCUAUAACUUUCAUCUGUACUGCCCGUACAUUCAAAAUUCACUCAUGUAGUCGUUCAUCCAGCAUCCAAUCAAUCAAUCAAUCAAUCAAUCAAUCAAUCAAUCAAUCAAUCAAUCAAUCAAUCAAUCAAUCAAUCAAUCAAUCAAUCAAUCAAUCAAUCAAUCAUUCAAUCAAUCAAUCAAUCAAUCAAUCAUUCAGCGGAACAAACCAGCUUAAUUAAUUUUUGCUUGUAUGUGUUUAAACAUGUAACAAACUGAUCCAUUCCAUCCAUCAAACUAACCUUUUGCUAUGCAUGUAUAUAUAUAUAUAUAUAUAUAUAUAUAUAUAUAUAUAUAUACUUUUCUUACUACUCAUUCUGUCAGUGUAUGUUUUACAAUUUUGUAUUUAUACAUUUAAUCAAAUUGUUCAUGUGUGCGUGUGUGUAUGUGUGUG